AUGGCCUGGGCCAGCCCCGUCUGUGGCCCGUACCCCAUCCUGGCCCUYGGGAGGGCUGUGCAGGGCGGAGAGCGGAGCCUGGGAUCAGGGCACGGCCAGGACGGCCGUGGGAAGUUCAAGUUAGCACCUGGCAUCCCGGCCGCUGGCAGGAGGAGGCGGCCGUGUCCCCGCACCAGGCGAAGCCGCCGGGGUCCCGGGGAGGGCUGUGCGGGGCGGUGGGGCRCACACGGGGCUCGGGGCGUCGCGCUGCGGGGCGCGUGGCCGGUGCUGACCUGUGCCCUUGUGCUUGCAGGCAGCAUGGAGCAGCGAGCGGGGCCACCGGAGCCCAGACCUGCAGGACCCGCCACCCACCCGCGGCCCAAGGAGGCCACGUGCUGGGGUGUCCUGGCCAUCCUCUCGCUGCUGGCCGGGCUGGCCGYGGGCGCCCUGCAGUCCCGGCACUGCAACAGGAGCCUGGAGGCGGCGCCCACGCCGGGCGGCACCGUCCCCACGAGCCCCAGCGCCGAGGACGGCGUGGAGAUGCCCCCGGGCGCUGCCUGGAGCCCGCUGCACGGGGACAACGUGACGAUGGGCGGCCCGGGCGAGGCGGAGCUGCCCGACGACCUGCUGCUGCGGGCCGAGCGCUCGCCGCCGGGCGCCGGCAAGGCCAAGAAGGCGGCGCGGAAGCCGGCGCGGGGCGCCCGCGGGCGCAACUGCCACAUCCGCAACCUCAUGGUGAAGGUGCGCGACCUGGGCCUGGGCUUCAACUCGGACGAGAUCGUGCUCUUCAAGUACUGCAGCGGCUCGUGCCACCGCGCCCGCAGCAACUACGACCUGACGCUGGGCACCCUGCUGCGGCAGCAGCUCAUCGCGCCGGGGCCGCAGGAGCGGGUGCUCAGCCACCCGUGCUGCCGGCCCACGCGCUACGAGGCCGUGUCCUUCAUGGACGUGCAGAACACGUGGCAGACGGUGGAGAAGCUCUCGGCGGCCGAGUGCAGCUGCAUCGGCUGA